AUGGCUUUCCACGCCGCCGUUCGGAAUGCCAUUUGCACACCCUCUGAACUGAGGCCCAUCAUGGCGGCUGUCCUGAGGGUUCCCUGGCAAGGCGCUGGGUGGAAGCCCGCCGCCGCCGCCGCCGCCCGCCAGCUGCACACGUCGAAUGCGCUCGGACUCUGCAGCCCUCUCUCCCGGUCCACGACUUUCCACUCGCACAUGGCCAGGCAGUUCUCGUCACUGUCGCGCAAUGGCCCCCUCUCGCAGCUCCGCCAGCUCCCCACGCCGGGAAUGGCUGGGCUUGGACUAGCCCAGCGGCGAUCAUUCUUCGGAGCACCCUCGCGCGACCAGCUCGCACGUCUGGAAGAAGCUGCCAACAAGAACCCCACCAGCGCAACGACCCAGGCCACCUUCUACUCGGCGUGCAUGCGCGCCAACAUGCCCCAGGUCGUUGUCGAUCGCUACAACACGGGCCUCUUCGCGACCAACGGCGUCGUGAACCGCCUCUUCAACAACGCUUUGGAAAAGACUGGCUCCGGUGGCCUCACUCAGCAACAGGUUCAGACUGUCGGUCAGGCCGUCGGCGCGCACACUGGCGAUGGCCAGACUGGCACCGUUGCGGGAGGCACCGGCGGGAAGAGCAGCCCAGUCUACGUCGUCGUCGAGGAGUCCUGGAUGUCCAUCAUCUCCAAGUGGAUCAGAUGGAUCUUGGCCUUUGGUCUGGCAGCCUACGUCUCCCUGAUAUUGAUUACCCUCUUUGUCGAAAACAGCGGCGUGCUUAAGAAGGUUGGCGGGGCCAGCAGCGCCGAAGUUCGUCCGGAACAGCAGAGCACCCGCUUCAGCGAUGUCCAUGGCUGCGACGAGGCAAAGGAAGAACUCAAUGACGUCGUCGAUUUCCUCAAACACCCUGAACGGUACAACAAGCUCGGUGGUAGGCUGCCAAAGGGCGUGCUCCUCAUUGGCCCUCCUGGUACUGGUAAAACACUGCUUGCCCGCGCUGUUGCCGGCGAGGCUGGUGUUCCGUUCUUCUACAUGUCAGGCUCCGAGUUCGACGAGGUCUACGUCGGUGUGGGUGCCAAGCGUGUGCGUGAACUGUUCUCGGCUGCUCGUGCCAAAGCUCCUGCAAUUGUUUUUAUCGAUGAACUUGACGCUGUCGGCGGGAAGAGGAAGUCUCGCGACGCCAACUACCACCGACAAACCCUGAACCAACUUCUCAACGACCUCGAUGGCUUCGAUCAGAGCACCGGUGUUAUCUUUAUCGCAGCUACCAACCACGCCGAACUCCUCGACCAGGCUUUGCUUCGUCCUGGGCGAUUUGAUCGUCACGUCCAGGUGGAGCUGCCUGACGUCGGUGGGCGUUUGGCCAUUCUUAACUAUCAUACUAAGAAGAUUCGCCUGAGUCCAGAUCUUGACCUUUCGACCAUCGCUCGCGGUACCCCUGGCUUCUCUGGUGCCGAACUCGAGAAUCUUGCCAAUUCAGCGGCCAUUCGGGCAUCCAAGCUCCAGUCCAAAUACGUCUCUCUUCUUGAUCUUGAAUGGGCAAAGGACAAGAUCAUGAUGGGUGCCGAGAAGAAGACCCGUACAGUUCCACUCAAGGACAAGAUCCACACGGCCUACCACGAGGGUGGUCACACCCUUGUUGGUAUCUACACAAAAGGCUUCAACGACGUCCAUAAGGCGACUAUCCUUCCUCGAGGUCAUGCUGCCGGUAUCACUUUCUUCCUUCCUCAAGAGGAACACCACCAUACGCGCAAGCAGUACAUUCGCCAACUACAGGUUAUGAUGGGCGGCAAGAUGGCCGAAGAACUCAUCUUUGGUGCUGAAAACGUAGCCGACGGUGCAUCCGGAGAUAUUCAGCAAGCAACAUCGUUAGCGUUCAACAUGGUCACCGCCUGUGGUUUCUCCGAUGUGCUUGGCAACGUGGACUUCAAGUCAAAUUACGAGAUGGUCUCGCCCGACACAAAGCGUCUUAUUGACAGCGAGGUACGGCGGCUGAUCGACGAGGCGAAGGCGAGUGCCAUAGAUCUCUUGAAGACGAAGCGACCCGAGCUGGAUCGGUUAGCGGAAGCCCUCGUCCAGUACGAAACCCUGGACAAGGAAGAGAUCUUGAAGGUCAUCAAGGGCGAGAAGUUGCCUGAUCGUAUGAUGGCUAUGCCCGAUACACCAAUCAAGCUUCCCGAGAGACACAUCAAAGCCGCAGUACUUCCGCCAGCGCGCGGUGAUGGUGGUGGUGACUCAAAUCCACCAGGACCAUCAGGGGUACUUGCGUAA